AGACUGCUGCGCUUAUUAAAUCGUCAAGAAAUGCAUUAUUUUGCUUUAUAGCGUUCUUUAAAAUUUAAGAAAAUUCCGUGAAAUCUUUUCUGAGACCCCUUCAUACAAAGUGCCAACAAAUACAUACCGAUAUUUAGUUUAAAUUCCUUAUUAAGUUAUUCAGCAUGGACACAGAAAUACUAGCACCAACUGUGGAUAAAUCACAAAUGCCACCGUUGCAUCAGAAACGCAUAUUGGCGUUUAUCAAUCAUUUUAUAAUUAAUUCGUGCAACUUUCUCAAUGACUUCGCAUUGAAAUGCGAAACCAAAUUUAUAGACUUGGAAAGGAAAAUGCAAAAAGUUGAGGCCGCGUUGACUAUCAUAGAAGCAAAACUCGCUUCUGUGCCGGAUGUUGCAGAGACCUUAACAACGACCACUGCCAAAAUCAGUCCAACAGAAGCUGCAAAUGAAACGGCUAAGGACACUAUCACUACUGUUGUUACUGAUGAUGACACAGCAGAUGUCGUCAGCCCGCAAAUAGAUAAUGAAACACCUGAAGCCACAGGUGUGCGCGCUUGUGAAGAUGUGCGUUUCAAAAAGUUCUUCAAAAUGGUACAAUUUGGUGUGCCUGCAGAAGCAGUAAAACUGAAAAUGCAAGCGGAAGGUGUCGAACCAAGCAUACUGGAAACUCCAAAUUUGUUGCUGGCAGAUGGUGUUAUUGCAUAGCGUCAUCUUCACUUGCGUCCAAGGUCCUUCAUUUGCAGAUCAGCGUAUUUGUCGCCGCAUGACGAGUCUUAAGAAUGUUGAAGCGCCUGCACAUAAACUAUAAUAAUUGAACUCUGCGGCAUCUAACAUUUCCAGAUGCCAAUUAUGUGAUACUCAGCCUAAAAUUUAACUUGUAAGAUUUCAAUAAGCCAUUAGAAUAAAAUAAACAUGAGUUUCGGUUGAAUUUUCUUUUAA